GGUAAUUCAAAACAAAAUUCAUUUCCUGUACAUUGAAUGACAAUUUUACAACGUGUGACUUAGAACAAAGUACAUGGUGAUGACAUUAACUCCAGCCUUCAAUUUAACAGAGUACUACAAAUUUCUUUUCAAAGUGCACUAUUGGAAGUGUACAGAUGAAAUACCACACUGUAACAUCUCAAAUAUCAGUAAUGAAACAAUCUUUUAUAAUACGACAACUUGGAGGGACACAGGAUUUUGGCUAAUUUCAACUAUCAAAGAUUCUGCAAAACGAUUUUCGCUUUUUACGUUACCACCGACACCAUCAAUUGGCAAACUUAAACCAGAGAUUAUAGAUCCGUGUGGAGAAUCCGUAGAAUGGGAAUAUGAAUGGAAGGUUCGACCAUUCGUCCUUGUAGUUUAUCUUUUGCUACUGAUUUUUUCGUUUUUAAUUUGUUUAGUGGUUUCUAGAAUUGUCAAACGGUGCCUAAAACAAGGAGAAAAAUUUGAAAGACAUGCUGGCACAAGUGCUACAGACAAAAAGAAUGAGUUAGUAGAUGACGAUGAACAUACUGACGAUGAAAUUGCAGCAUUUAAGCCAACACAUACGUUAGACCACAGCAAUAUCACAGAGGACUCAAAGUCUCACAUUGAAGAACUGGAACGGGUAAAAUCUCAAAUAUCUGUGAAAAAAGAUAGAAUAUUAUUGCAGUAUCAAGUCUUUACAAAAGUCCCAAGUCACGUUAAUCCUAAACCCAGACAAGUACCUGUUCUAACUUUCCUUAAACAUACUACCGAUUACCUGUUUUCUAUGAUGGAUAAGCUGUUAUUGGAUAAUAGACGAAGUCCAGGUAGGAGUUCGCCUACUCGUUCUGUUUCUGAUCUUGGAUUUGGUCAAACAUACAACACUUUGAAUUCAACACCAAGAAGACCACUGCGUAGGUCAAUGAAUAGAUCUCGUGGCAGCUCACCUCACCUUCCAGAACAAGACGACCAAUCGAUAGACCCUUUAGAGAAGAGAGCUUGGGAAGAACUGAUUCAAAAUAUUGCAAUGAAUAAUCAUGUUGCUGUUGAUUUUGAUGUUGAUCUAAAUAUGUCGAUUUCUGGAGAAUCGACAACAAGAAAACUUCUUCAGUUCUUUUUGAAUCAAGGUUCUAUAAAAAUGGAACAGCUUCAGGUUGCAAAUCUUAUUGUAAAUUAUAGCCUGUAUCUUGUAUCUAAGGAAAUAGAAGCAAAUUCGUCUGUAGGCGGAGUCCAAUUUGAGAAUUUCAAGUUAACCGGAAGUAUGCGCAAAGGACUAAAAGUUGCCCAUGCCAGUCAGUUUGACUUUCAUAUGAACUUUCAUGGAAAAGACUUUUAUGUUUAUGAAAUUUUGGACCAACUGAAAUCUGACGAAAUUCCUCCUGGAAAGAUUAUUCUUCGAGCAAAACCCGACAAUAUUUGCACAGAACCAAAAUGUUUAAAGACUGUACAAAUAAAGCAAAAAAAUCAUGUGUGCCUUUGUGCAAAAUCGGUAUCAUUCAUUGCUGAGGAGAUGAUUGAUAGGGCAUUGCAAAAUCUCUAUACUGGAACAAGGUCACUAAUCGACCGCCUGCCGUUUCGAAUACAACGUUCUCCAUUAGCUAACAUAGUUCUUUCAAUAGACACCAGAAGCGUCAUUGGCUUAGGGCUUUCAGAAAUACGAGUACAAUUGAUUCCCGCCAUCUUUUUGCCAAUACAUGGAUGGUUUCAACCAGUUCCCCUGUUCGCAACUGCAUACUCAUCUACGCAACAAGAAUUCAAAAGUAAAGGUGCUAGAGGACAGGAUCCAGUUCCUGUUCCAUUAGGUAGAUCUGAUGUCAUCUGGAGUUUAGAUCUUAGUUCUUUUGAAGAAUUAUAUUUGAAUGAAAUAAAUAGAAAAAUGAAAGCUGCAGGAAUACACAGUUGUCACAAAACCUGCAUUAAAGUUCUCAAAGUACUGUUUACAGCUUUAUCUAGAAAGUCUUUAUUGGAUCGUGGCGAGUUGAACACUAAUAUGAUUGAGACUGUUGUGUAUUACUUAUUGUUGGAAUCAACACCGGACCAAUGGGCUUUCUCUGUAAUAUCUGACAGAAUCUCAGACGCUUAUUUAUAUUUAAAGAGUGCACUUGAAUCAGGAAGACUUCCGAACUUUUUCAUUAAUAACCCUCACUUGUUAAAACAAAUGCCAUUUUUGCGUUCGUUUCCUUUUUUGUUGAGAGGUAAACAGAAUAAUCUACUAUCAGACAUCAGAUUGGAAACAGUUGACAAGAAGCUGAACUUCAUGCAAGAUAGAAUACGUGAUAAUGGACUAGAUGAUUGCUUCAAAGACACUUAUUCUCCAGACACAUGGGAGUUCGAAUUCUUUGUGUAUAGUUGAAUUAAGAAGAUAUAUUUUUGAUUAUUGCUGAGAUAAGGAUUAAUUUCUCAGAUAUGAACUAUCUGUAUUUAACUAGUUCAGUGAUCUUAGAUGGUUCUAACAUUUGCUCGCUGUAUGGUUUUGGUCAUUAUUUUUGCUCAAAUUUACAAAAAGGCAAUGUACCCCUUCCUCGAUGUAUUUAUAUGGCUUACACUGAAUGAUAUGUCCGUCUGUUCAUUUGUAACAUUAUUCUCUGUAGUCAGUAAAUAUUACAAUAUCACGGAAUCUGUUACCAAGCUUCAACUUGUCGAGGGUAAGCGAGUCAUGUAUUUUCAGUAGGUAAAUUAACCUCUUACUGAUGGUUGAACUGAAAAAUCAUAUAAAAGUGUGUUUGUGUGUGUGUGUGUGAGAAAGAGAGAGAGAGAGAGCAGUAGUUCAGACUUACGGGUUAAUUUUUUUGGUCAUUACAUACUGAUACUUUUACAUGUAAGAACUUGGAUUAAUGCAAUUAAAUAAGUUUGACCAUUUAACUAGACAAAUUUCAAAUCGAGUAUCAUAUGAAAGGUAAAAGUUAAAAAAAGGAUUUGGUUUGUGAUUUCGUUUAACUACAAUUUAGAUCACGUUAGAGUUAGUUCGCUUAGUUUAUGGAUAGCAAAAAAAAUUAAUUGUUUGUGGUAAAAGUCUGACUCAUACCCCAUUCGUGCUUGUAUUGUAAGUGUUCUUAUUAAUUUUUGACAGAAAUAAGGCGGAGAAAUGUUUCAUUGCUUUAUUGCUAAUAUUAGUCUAAUAAAAUAAAUUGUAAAUUUCUCGCACUUUUGUCUCGAAUGCGACGAAUAUGAGACAUAGGGAUGUUAAAACGGUAGCGGCGACUGCAUAAACAAAUAGUGUAAGAGUUUAUAUAUAUAUCAGAAGGUGGAAGACCUGAAUAAUUCAUAUUUCGUAUAUAGAUGCCUUGUUUUUUACAAGAUUCCGUCUGUCGCUUGUCCGUUGUUCUUGGCCUCUUUGUCAUGGUUCCGCGGUUGCUUAAAAAAAUCUGAAGAUUUUAAUGCAUGAUUAUCUCAUUUACCAUGAGUGAUAGUCUACUAUAUUUGGAAUAUAGAAUCAUUGCAAUAUGAAAAAGUCUGUUAGACAGAGUUCACUUGACUUUUAUCAUAUUUCAUGGAUCAGUGAUCAACGGUAAAUCCGUUUCUCAGAUACUAUAAGCAAUAUAUCAACUAUAUUUGAAAUAUGGAAUAACAAGGUGAACAUGCUCAUUUGGAAGGAUCCAUCCGGGACCUUGACCUCUUAUGCAUGAAUCAUUCAUAAUGAUAAGUUUUUAAAUGAUACAUGUACCUUAUCUUAAAUACUUGCCGCACAAAAAUAUAUUAAAAUCCGUAAAAUUUCAACUCUUGAUGUUUUUUAGGAUUGCUGUCUCCUUUAGGUAUACUCAAUAUAUUUCAUUUAUACACAGACGAUGAAGUGGUACUGGAAACACUAGAUUUCGCAUUUUUUCGCUCUAGAGUUUCGCAAACGUUUGUUUAUACUGGAAUCUUACUACAGUAUUAGGUCUUUUAUGUUUAUAUUAAAAAACGUAUUACGCAAACUAGUCCAAAGUUUAUUCUUGUACCAAAGUUAUAAUGGUGCCUCAUUACAAGAAGCUAGUUGAUAUGUAUAUGUAAAAGCAGGAGCGUUUAAUUCACUUUUUUUUUUCUAGUUUUUUGUAUUAAUGUAGAAAGCUUUCUUUCUUUCCAUUUAUUAUAAAUUUGAAAACAACAGGAGUUGUUUUGAUUUUCAUUGUACCUAUUGUUUUUCAUAUGUUGAUAUAAUUUGAAAAUGAUUAAAGGUUGUUUUUCUUUG